UGGAGGAAGCCGGCCGGAGCAGCGGCUUUCCCCGGCAGCACCUCGCCCUGCGGAUCCGGAACGGGAGACUCGCCGGCUAGCUCCGUGCGGGCCAGGUUUCCCUGGCCCAGAAAGGUAGAAGGAUGUCUGGACUUCAAAGAGAGAUCAGAUCCUGUCAGGAACCUCUAUAAAGGAGUUCAGUCUUCUGAUUCAGUCACUCAAGAUUGAUGAGGACAACCCUAUUAGCUACAGCUCUGGGUGUCUUAAUCUGUAGUCUUUGAGGAGAAAGAUUUCAAGGAAUGGAGUUGGCUCACAGUUUACUGCUUAAUGAAGAGGCAUAUAACCAGCUUGGUGAAUUUCAGAAGGCAGAGUUCAUUUUUGAAUGGUUGAGAUUUUUGGAAAAACUUUUACCAGUGACUAGCAGGGCUGACGUAAGGGAAAAACAGAAGAAACUGGCUGAACAACUAAUAUCUUUGUUAAAUAGUUCACCAGGCCCUCCUACCCGAAGGCUCAUAGCCAAGAACCUAGCUAUACUUUAUAGUAUUGGAGACACUCUCUCUGUUUACCAGACAGUUGACAAAUGCAAUGAACUAAUUAGGAGCAAAGAUGAUUCACCAAGUUAUCUACCCACAAAACUUGCUGCAGUGGUAUGCUUGGGAUAUUUGUACAAAAAACUGGGGAGAAUCUUGGGAAACAGCUUUACUGAUACUGUAGGAAAUGUGCUUAAAGCAAUGAAGAAUGCAGAGUCUCAAGGUCGUUAUGAGAUCAUGCUUAGCUUGCAAAAUAUAUUGAAUGGCUUAGGAGCUGCUGCUACCCCAUGUCACAGAGAUAUUUACAAAGCUGCUCGAUCAUGCUUAACAGAUCGCUCUAUGGCAGUUCGCUGUGCUGCUGCUAAGUGUCUCCUUGAACUUCAGAAGGAGGCAGUUUUUAUGUGGAGCACAGAUCUGGAUAGCGUUGCAACCCUAUGUUUUAAAUCAUUUGAUGGUUCCAAUUACGAUGUGCGGCUAGCAGUUUCAAAGCUUUUAGGCACAGUGUUGGCUAGAGCUGUGACAUGUAAACAGGCAACAGCAUCCGCCCGGCAAAAUGUUCGCAAAAUUUCUCUGGAUGAAGCCAUGGAACUACUAGGAACAGGCUUUCUGCGUGGGAGUUCUGGAUUUCUUCGAGCCAGUGGUGAUAUACUGAAAGGAAUCAGUUCAGUCAGCAGAGAUAUUAGAGUUGGAGUUACUCAGGCAUAUGUGGUAUUUGUCUCCACAUUAGGAGGACAGUGGCUUGAAAGGAAUUUCUCUGCCUUACUUUCCCAUAUUUUAGAUCUAGUGUCUCAGUCUCACCCUAAAGCUAUUCAGACUCAGAUGGAUGCUAUCUGCUGUCGCCGUUGUAUUUCAUUUAUCCUUCGAGCUACAGUAGGAGGUCUUCUUGGAGAAAAAGCUCAAAUUGCAGCUGCCAAAGAGAUUUGUCAAGCCAUCUGGAGGCUGAAGAAAGUUGUGGAUGUUGUAAUGAGUGACGGUAACUUGGAAACUCGGAUUGGUACAACAGACGUAACAGCAAGCCAACAUGUUCUUGUGUGUGCAUUACAUGAACUUGGAAGUCUCAUACAUGGUUUAGGCACUACUGCUGCACCAUUGCUACAAGAUUCCAGUACAGGGGUUCUGGAUGCAGUAAUUUCAGUUAUUCUUCAUCCCAGUAUUUCAGUUCGACUAGCAGCAGCUUGGUGUCUACGCUGCAUUGCUGUAGCAUUGCCAUCCUAUGCUUCUCCACUUUUGGAUCGCUGCAUCGAGCGGCUUAGUGCCCUUAAGUCCUCCCCUGAUGCAGUGACUGGAUAUAGUUUUGCUGUUGCUGCUUUGUUGGGAGCAGUAAAACACUGCCCAUUAGGAAUUCCACAUGGAAAAGGGAAGGUAAUCAUGACAGUAGCAGAGGAUUUAUUGUGUUCUGCUUCUCAAAAUAGUCGCAUUUCAAUACAACGAACGCAGGCUGGAUGGCUGUUGGUAGCUUCUCUAAUGACAUUAGGUCCUGCUGUUGUCCAGCACUAUCUCCCAAGAAUGCUAUUACUAUGGAAGUGUAUCUUUCCACUAUCUCCUAAAGAUCUAGAAACAGAGAGGAGUCGGGGAGAUUCAUUUACAUGGCAAGUGACAUUGGAAGGGCGUGCUGGUGCUCUCUGUGCUAUCAAAACCUUUGUUUCCUAUUGUGGUGGUCUUCUUACUGAUGAAGUUAUUCAGAGACUACUUCCUCCCCUCCCAUGUGCUGUUGAUUUAUUGACACGGCUCCCUUCAAUACAUAAAAUGUAUGGAAAUGCUUUAAAAACACCAUCAAUGACUUAUAGGCACAGACUUUAUGAAUUAUUGGCUUUAUUGCCCCCAAAGACUUAUGAAGGAAAAUUCUGUGCUAUUCUCAAGGAGCUAGUGGCUGACUUCACAGCCACUGAUAACCAAACGGCUGCCUCUACGUUCUUGCUUCCACCUCUCUGUCACCAGGAUGAUCUUCUUUUACUUGGUCCUUUCUUGCAGGAGACCGACCACAGAUUUAUUGAAGAGCAGCUCCUCUUAGGUAGCAGUAUAGCUGGAGGAAGCCUGGAGUAUGACCCUUACUCAAUUUAUGAGAAAGCUGCAGAAGGUGAUUCAGUGCCUAAACCUCUACCUCCUGCACUAUCUGUUAUCAGUGCUGCAGUCCGUCUCUUUGGAGUUAUAUUUUCCCAUGUAGCAGAAUCUCAAAGGCUCCAAGUGUUAGAAAAACUGUUGGCUUCCAUAAAACAAACAAAAGGAGCACGACAGCAGACCGUACAACUAAACAUUGUAUCAGCAUUUUCUAGUUUUCUGAAGCACUUGGCUAGCUGCAAGGGAAGUUUAGGUCCCGAAGAAGUUAGAAGACCUGCACUGACUUUAGUAAUGGGUGCCUUGGAAAGCAAUAACCCACUUUUAAGAUGUGCUGCUGCAGAAUCUCUGGCCAGACUGGCACAAGUGGUUGCUGACAGUGCCUUCACUGCUGGAUUGGCCCAAGUUAGUUUUGACAAGCUGAAAUCUGCUAGGGAUGUGGUGACAAGAACAGGACAUUCUUUGGCUCUGGGAUCACUGUAUAGAUAUUUAGGAGGAAUAGGCUCUACUCAGCACCUGAAUGCAUGUGUUGGAAUCCUUUAUACCUUAUCUCAGGACAGUACUUCUCCUGAUGUACAGACUUGGGCACUGCAUUCUCUGUCACUGAUAAUAGAUUCAGCUGGCCCUCUAUAUCAUGUGCAUGUGGAACCUACCCUAUCUCUUGUUGUCAUGUUGUUGUUGACUGUGCCUCCUGCUUAUGCUGAAGUUCACCAGAGCCUUGGUCGCUGUUUAAAUGCACUUAUCACUAUGUUGGGGCCAGAGUUGCAAGGCAGUAAUACUGCAGUUUCAGCCUUAAGAUCUUCUUGCCUCCUGGGCUGUGCGGUGAUGCAGGAUAACCCUGACUGCCUUGUUCAGGCUCAAGCCAUCUCUUGCCUACAGCAGCUUCAUAUGUUUGCUCCACGACAUGUCAACUUGUCUAGCCUUGUAAGCUGCCUAUGUGUGAAUCUCUGUAGCUCCUACUUGUUGUUGAGACGAGCAGUACUAGCUUGUUUGCGUCAGCUAGUGCAAAGAGAAGCAGCUGAGGUAUCAGAACAUGCUGUUGCCUUUGUUAAAGACUGCAGAGAAGACUUCACUCCAGACAUUAACAUCAGAGAAGUUGGCCUGGAGGGAGCAUUGCUGAGCUUGCUGGACAAAGAAUUGGAUCAAAGACUAUGCCAAGAUAUCAGAGAGACCCUAAGUCAUAUGCUUACAUCAGUGGCAGUGGAAAAGCUCUCGUUCUGGCUGAAGCUUUGUAACGAUGUUCUUGCUGCCUCAGCUGAUUUCACCUCAGUAGCUUCAGUGGAUACUACCCAAGAAGAGGAGGGAACUAAAGAGGAUGAUGAUGUGUUAACCUCUGAAACUGAUGAGAGAUCCCACCCUUUCACUAAUCCAAAAUGGUCCACUAGAGUUUUUGCUGCAGAGUGUGUUUGUAAAAUUAUCAGCCACUGUGAAAACGCAGGCAGGGCACAUUUUGACAUAACACUGGCUCAGGAAAGGAAACAAAGGGAUUCAAGAGAUGACUUUUUGGUAUUGCAUUUAGCUGACUUGAUCCGCAUGGCUUUUAUGGCUGCCACAGAUCACAGUGACCAGCUCCGUCUUUCUGGACUUCAGACAUUGUUAGUUGUUGUUCGGAGGUUUGCAUCUGUUCCAGAACCAGAGUUUCCUGGUCAUGUAAUUCUGGAGCAAUAUCAAGCCAAUGUUGGAGCUGCACUUCGACCUGCGUUUGCUCCUGAAACCCCGCCUGAUGUCACAGCAAAAGCAUGUCAGGUUUGCAGUGCCUGGAUAGCAAGUGGUGUAGUCAGUGACCUUAAUGACCUUCGAAGGGUUCAUCAGUUGCUCAUAUCAUCCUUGACCAAAGUACAAGCUGGAAAAGAAGCACAAAGUCAGUUGUACAAUGAAAGUGCCUCAACUAUGGAGAUAUUGGCUGUGCUCAAAGCUUGGGCAGAGGUUUACAUAGUUGCAGUUGAAAGAGAAAAAAACCAAGGUGAUGCACACAAGCAAACUUUGACGAUCACAAACUCUACAGAUGAAAGCUACAGAGAUUUAACUUCGUCAGCCGAUGGACUUUUGGACCUAGUCCAGGCGGACCUUGGGACCCUAAGCAAACUCUGGCUUGCUGCACUUCAGGAUUUUGCUCUCUUAACUUUGCCUUCAGAAUAUGCCUCUCAACUUCCGGUUGAAGGUGGUGCAUUCUAUACUGCAGAGACAAUUGAAAAUGCAAGACCACACUAUCACAAUUCCUGGGCUCUAAUUCUUUAUGCUACAGCAUUAUGGCUUACCAGCACAGGUUUCUUUGUGAUUGAUCCAGAUGAAGGAGUAACUAAUCUCUCUAGACCUGUCACCCCAACUACAAUGUGUCAAGAUUCCUCCUCCAGGGCUGCAGUGAAAUCUCCUGAGGAUGUGAAUACUGACAUAUUUCAUCUUAUCUUGGGAAUUAGUGUGGAAUUUCUCUGCUCACCUCGCUCAGAUUCAGCAAUGGAAAACAUUACUGCUUGCCUACAUGCACUGCAAACAUUUCUUGAUGUGCCUUGGCCUCGAUCUAAAAUAGGUGGUGAUCAGGAGCUUGGUGUGGAGUUGUUGAAUGUUCUGCAUCGACUGAUACUAACCAGAGAAUCGCCUGAUAUUCAGCUUGCUACUCUUGAAGUAGUCCGACAGAUUCUUUUCGCAGCUCAAGAGCAUGUGAGAGAGAAACGGAGAAGUGCAGAAGUUGAUGAUGGUGCUGCAGAAAAGGAGACCUUGCCAGAAUUUGGAGAAGGCAAAGACACAGGCGGACUGGUGCCUGGAAAGUCAUUAGUCUUUGCUACACUGGAGUUGUGUGUUUGCAUUCUAGUGAGGCAGCUCCCCCAGCUUAACCCUAAAGUAACUGGUAGCCCUGCAGUUAAAGCUGGAAAACCUCAGUUGUUGUCAGAGAGUGGAAGUAGAUUGGUGGCAGCAGCAUUAGUUAUCCUCUCUGACAUUCCGUCAGUCUGCUCUCCUGAAGGAAGUGUUUCGGUACUCCCUACUAUCCUGUACCUAAUUAUUGGAGUCCUCAGAGAAACUGCUGUGAAAUUGCCAGAUGGCCAGUUACCUUUGACAGUUGCUGCAUCUUUACAAGCUCUUAAGGGGAUAUUGUCUUCUCCUAUGGCUCGAGCAGAGAAGAGCCGAACUGCUUGGACUGAAUUUCUUCGUAGUGCUUUAGUCACAGUUCUUGACUGCGGGGAUCCAGUAGAUGGAGCUCAACAAGAACUUGAUGAAGUCAGCCUGCUUACUGGCAUUACAGUGUUUAUUUUGUCUACAAGUCCAGAAGUUACUACCAUAGAGUGCCUUCAAAAGCGUUGUAUUGAGAAGUUUAAAAUAGCACUUGAUUCAAAAGAUCCUGUAGUACAGCUUAAGUGCUAUCAGCUGCUGCUUUCUAUCUUUCAAUAUCCCAACAGAGCUGUCUCAUAUCCUUACAUUCAUUCUUUGGCACCAUCUAUUGUGGGGAAAUUGCAGGAAACAGAAAAAACAAAGCCUGAGAAUUCUGCUGAACUGCAAGUCAUUCAGGAAGGAAUAAAGGUGGUAGCAGCUCUCAUAGCCAUUGCUGAGGAAGAGCAUCGUGCUUAUUUGGUGGCCUGCCUCCUGCCCCUCCUUAUUUCCUUUCUUUUGGAUGAGAAUUCUUUGGGGUCAGCCACAAACUCAGCAAGAAAUCUACAUGAGUUUGCUUUGCAAAACGUGAUGCAGAUUGGUCCACAGUACUCAUCAGUUUUUAAAAAAGUAAUGGCUUCCUCUCCAACUAUGAAAGCCAGGCUUGAAUCAGCUGUAAAAGGCAAUCAGGAAAGCAUUAAAGUCAAGACAACACCUAAACAUGCAAAGAAUCCUGGGAAAAGUUCAAGCAUUCAAUUAAAGACCAACUUUUUCUGAAGUGUCUUAGGCACUUUGAUAACAUUGCAAAAAAGUCCCUUUUCAUUUCUAAUUACAGUAGUCAGGAAGAGUUGGUUUCAGUUUCAGUUCAGUUUUGACUUGAAAUCCAGAUGAUUUUUUAAAAACAACAUUCUUUAGAGAUUUGCUUUCUAAUAAAUAUAAUUGACUUUUUACAUUUGUCUGAGCACUCGGAGUAAAACUUAUCAAAAGUAAUAUAAACUAUAUAUUUGCAUUAAUAAAAUAACAAAUAUGUGAGAACUGUGCAUUUCUGAUAUCAGUACAGACAAGAAAUAAGACUUUAGAUAUAUUCAGGAGCCAGCAAUUCUUAUUCAUUAAAUAAACUGAAUUAUUUUGGCAAUACAUUUAAAACAAAAGUUACUGUGAUUAUUGAUUUUUGAUUUAAUUGGGGCAUAAAUUUACUUGCUGUUAAUAGUCUUUCCUAAGUACUAAUUUAACAAGCUGCAUAUAUUAAAUGUCCUUGUAAUCCUUAAGAUAAAUUAUUGUUGAGCUCUAAUAUCCAGCUACAUUUAAGGUAAUAUUGACUGCUUUAAUUAAAUGCUAAUAAACUCUUGAGCUGUCUAAGAUAUAGCAAUAUAACCCAUGCUGUUAUAUCACAGCUUCACAAUGCCUUUUCACUUAGGCCUCAGUUCUGCAGGAACUUGCAGUGUGGGACUAAUGUGCUUACAGUUAAGGCCCAUGUGUAAGUGUUUGCACGACUGGUGCCUUAUUGCUUGAUAUAAAGCCUCACUUUUCAGGAUAUACUUUUUUAUUUAACUUUAUAUUAUGCUAGCCAGACAGUUGAAACUUGCAUAUCCUGAAAAGGACAGCAGUUUUGAUGCACUGUGGCUCUGAUUCAGACAUCUAUCUAUCUAUCUGGCUGCAUCUAGUUCAUGAUUUUUAAAUGAUCAGGUAUCUGUACAUGACUCUCACUAAUAUACAUAUCUUUUCAAGGAAGGGUGGAAGUGUUUGAAGUCUUGUGUCAAAAUACAACAAACUUAAAGUACAAAAAUAUACUGUAUUUUUAUCAAGGAACAUAUUUUAAUAUAGAAAAAAAAUCUUAACUACUAAAAAUGCAAUGGCUAUAAAGUAUUUUCUAAUGUAUUGCCUUUUUUCUUUUGUGCCAGUAUUAGCUCAGUAAACCAAAUACUGUCAAAAUGAGUAUAGUAUUUCCUUGUUAAAAAUUAGUCAAGUAAAGAAAAGCAUCUACGGAGCUGAGAAACACACUGUGACUCAGGAAGAGCGUGAUGUACUGUAUUUUAUUAUAAGAUUUGUAUGUAAAUACUAUUGUAAAUUGUACAGAAUUAACCAUUUGACCAAAAUUCUAACAAUUCAUUUUUCUAAUUCACAUAAAUAAACCUAAUGAAGUUCGUUUUUCAUUUUA